UCCAAUUAUUUAAUUUAAUGGAUGGGUGUUCUUUCAAUUCAACACAACCAUCAAAAUCAUUCAUCCAACAACAAGAAGUAGGAAAGGAGUAACAAACAAUUACAAUUAGGGUUUUUUCUUUUUUUCAGCAAUUGGUUAAAUUCAUCUCUGUUAAUUGCUAUCGGAAUGCCAUCCGGCUUUCAUCUCUCUGCCAAUCCCAUAAUCAAAAAUUUUGCAUUUGCUCCAAAGCCUUGAGUUACGGCGGAGGCGCCUCCAGUUCCACAACCAUGCAGCAUCCAGGAGUUGCCCAUGAGUCAACAGUUACACUGUUGGUUCGCCAUCUCCCCGAGGCGAUUCCACAUGAUACUCUUACUAGACUCUUCUCUCACUACGGCGCCUCUUCUGUCCGACCCUGUUCCCAUGGAAGGGUGAAAAAUUGUGCUUUCGUUGAUUUCAAGAAUGAAACAUCAGCAUCUCAAGCUCAAAAGCAGCUGCAUGGGUUGCGGUUUCUCGGCAAGGUCUUGUCAGUCGAGAGAGCUAGUAAAGUAAUUGAGGACACUAAGCAUAAAAAAAGUGAAACACAAACCAGGAAAGAUACCGACUCCAUGAUGAAAGAUGCUUCAGUCCCCAAAGUUUCUACUGAUCAUUCGAGAGGGGGUCAUAGUCAUGCUAGUGAACCCAUUGCUGAUAAACUUGGUGUCGACUACCCAUUUCCUCUCCAUCUUGAAUAUGCAUACCCACCACCCGAUGGGAACAUUUUGACCAAUGUUGUAAAUGCUCUUAUUGCUGUUCCCCGAUUUUAUACACAGGUUUUGCAUUUGAUGAACAAAAUGAAUAUUCCUGCUCCAUUUCGCAAGGCACUGCCUACUCCACCUCUGACAGUAUCAGUUCCUGUUCCUCCUCCACCACCUCCACCAUCCUCAGAGACCAACAUGGAACAUUUAUCUAGUAGCGAGUCAGAAAUGGAGUCUUCGGAUGAGGAUGUUCGAGGAGAUGCUGGACCUAGUAGAAAGCGUGUCAAGCGACAAGCUAUUGUAGGUCCUGCUGUUGACAAGGAGGUGGCGCAUGAGGCUGUUGGACUAAAACAAGUUGCAUUAGUUCCAAAAGAAAAGCCUAUAAUAAAAAAAAAGAACCCUGUACUGCAGAUAAAAAUAGCACCUAAGCAGGUUCAACCUGAACCAAGGCAUGAUGAUGCUGGAAAGGAGGCGCAAGAGCCAAGACUAGAAACUUUUGAUCAUGAACCUUAUGCGACUCUAGAGGAGCUAAAUAGUGGAAAAUUGCCUCCAGAGGAAAUAUUGUCACUCCCUAGAUUUAAGAAUUAUACUGCUGGCGAUCCAAGUCCUGUGUUGUACAUUAAGAACUUGGCGAAAGAUGUGGUUGUUGACGAUUUCUACUUUAUAUUUGGAUCAUUUUUUGGCAGCAUUGAUGCAGCCAAGUCCAAUCUUAGUGUUAAAUUAAUGCAGGAAGGAAGAAUGAGGGGUCAAGCUUUUAUUACGUUCCCUACAGUUGAACUUGCUCGUAAUGCUUUGAAUGUGGCAAAUGGUUAUGUAUUUAAAGGCAAGCCUAUUGUCAUCCAAUUUGGCAGGAACCCAGCCGCUGCUAAAGCCAACUAAAUGAAGAAUAGUUACUAGUCAGCAAAGUAGUUUGGAUUAUUUGAAGUGAAGGAACAUUUUCCUUGGUUGUUUUGCUCCCUGAUGCCCAAACAGGCUGACUUGACGUUUAUCUAGUUGAUGUUUAUUAUUUUCUCAUGCAAGCUGUGACAAAAAUUUAUCACUAUGUUUGUUUUUGUUUUUAGCCCAUCUCAAAGAUGGGCCAAAAUAUUUGCAUGUUUGGAUCA